AGUAGCACUUGCAGUCCUAUCUGUUCGGGCUACAGCCACUUGUCCAAUUCUGCUGUUCUUAAAUACUGAAACAGUGCUCUCGUCGUUCUCCGCUGUGAUGGUGUGUGAUGUCGGCAUUCUAAAAUAAGUUCCUAUGUUAGAGGUCUUUGUUCAAAGCCCGCUAUCGCGAUUGCGAGCGAUCGUCUCUGUAAAUUGUAGCGAGGGCAGUCACCGAGAAGGUGUUGAAGAGUGUCCUCGUUACCAUAGUCAUCCGCACAUCCGAUUCGGUAUGCAAAAGACUUAAUGAAGGCCACCUCCAGCCAAAUUCGACAAAGCAGGGUAGCUUCGCGGCGGCAGAGUCCAGCUGGAAUGCAAAGGCGUAGAGAGGAGCCAAGGUUCAGCAGCCGGCUGUUUUGAAAACUUCCUGUGUUCCACGAGGAGAACGUGAUGUCACGGACGGAGAUAAUCGCCGACAAGGGCUACCUGGUGCAAGAGUACGUGGUGACCACGCGCGAUGGGUACGUGCUGCCCCUGCAGAGGAUCCCUUACGGUCGAGAUGAGCUCCGGUCGUCGUCCUCGUCGCCUCCACGUCGCUUCCAGCCGCGGCCGCCCGUGAUACUCAUGCACGCACUUCUUUUCUCGUCCAGCGUGUGGGUGGUCAACGGGCCCGAACAGAGCUUGCCCUAUGUAUUGGCGGACGCUGGGUUUGACGUGUGGCUGGGUAACGUGAGGGGAAACAGCCAGUCCAGACACGUCAACUACACGUGGUACCAGAAAGAGAUGUGGGAUUUCAGUCUGGAUGAAAUCAGUGAAUUUGACGUGGCAGACACGAUCGACUUCGUGCUUAACGUCACUGGUCACAACAAGACUCUCUUCGUCGGGCAUUCCCUGGGCGCAGCAACGCUGUUAGGAUUACUUUCCGAGAAGCCGGAGUACAACAACAAGAUAUUGCUGUUUUCGGCUAUGGCACCAGCGAUACGCCUCCAUAACAUGACGUCACCAAUUUAUCGCAUCCUGCCCAUCCUGGACGAGCUGGCGACGUUUUCUGCGCUGUUCGGCAGGUACGACUUCCUCUCCCACGACCGAAUCAUCGACUUCAUCGUGACAACCAUGUGCCGCUACCCUGUGACCCGGGCCAUUUGUCCGUGGAUCGUUAAUAUUAUUUCCGGCCAGCAGACUCGACCAAUUAAUGCGACUCGCAUGCCCGUCUUUCUAAAGGACACUCCUGCGGGGACAUCCUUCAAGAAUAUGAAGCACAUGGGCCAGGUCUACACAACGAGGCGUUUUAGAAAGUUUGACUACGGAGAACAGCGCAACAAAGAAGUGUAUGGUAAGGCCACGCCCCCGGAGUACGACUUCCGGCGCGUGUCGGCGCCUGUGGCCCUGUUUUGGAGCCAAGCGGACGCCCUGGUUUCGGCGGAGCACAUGGACACCCUGCGCGAGAAGCUGCCCAACCUGGUGCUCGACUUCCGGGUGGCGGACGAUCGCUUCAGCCACCAGGAGUUCGCCAUCGGCGUCACCGCCAGGGAAGCCGUGUACGAUGACUUGGUGGACGUCAUGAAGCGUUUCUCCGGACAGGCUUAGCAAAUGACGCGUGCAUACGAACGGUUCGACAAGUAGAUCCGGAACAGUUUAUUCUCUCUGACUGCGGUCGUCGUUGCUUGAGGCGAAUGAUAUCAACACAAGUGACUAGCGCAAUAGUGGACACGGGACACUAAAAAGGCGACAAGGACAAGCCUGCCAGCUUCCAGAAGUUAUUUGGCCCGUGGCCAACGAGUACUAUGCAAAAGUUCUUAAACGGACACUCAAGAUCAAAAUGGCUUGAAGUGUAUUAAACACUAUCCUCAUAAAACAGCAGAAUAGUCACUCCGACCAUGAGAGGAAGCUUUAUGAGUCAGAAAAGAGCAAAGAGAGAGACAGAGAGAGAGACAGGUGGCGACGCCAAUUUCGAGUCCUCCCAACAGCCAGCCAUGACUGACGUCAUGGAUUUUGGCGGCGUCUUAUCGGACCUAGUCAAUUUACUUAUCAGUAAAGAUGGACUACAUUGCAAUCUAAAGGAACGAGAGAGUGAGCUUAAGUUUGGAGAACUUUUCACCGUUCAACAACAGCCCGUAUGCGAGGAAACCCUGACAUCAUGCUGACAUAUGGGUGCCGGGGUUUCGUUGCAAAGCUAGAAAAAUGGAAGCUUGAUCUUAAUUUCUUCUUUAGUAACAAUACGUCACCCCGAAAUUAACGAACAGAGUUUUUAAAUAUUUUAUCAGAUGAAACUGAGUUAGUGUUUCCAUUUAGUUAAAAAAAUUCCAGAGGGCACGUAGGGGCUUUAUUGGACGGCCUUAUUGGAUGCCACGCCAACUAUUACGCACAUCUUCCGCAAAAAUCUAGAUGCACAAGUGUUAAGUUUCUAUUAUAGUGCUUUUUAUGAAUGCGGUUGCUUUGUUAUACAACAGCGUUGUGACAUAUUGUACGAGUGGUCGUUGCUUUUAACGUUAGUUUACCAUGUUUUUGCAUUGUUAGCACUUUGAUAUGUUAUAAAAUAAUUGUUUGAGCAUUAA